AUGCAAGUCAAUCAAGAUGGACAGGAUGGAACACGAUAUGUCGAUCCAACCCACUGGCAAGCAGUCUUGCACCAGAUUGCAGAAGUGAAAGAAUACCUCCAGCUAACUGAAGACACAUCACCGGAGGAGGAAGAAGAUGAACAUUCCUGUCUUCCAGAAAUAUCCGGACCAGUUCUUUUGUUUGGCAAUGCAAUCUCAACUUCAAAAGAUGAUCUGCUUGAUGCACUGCCUGCGAGGGCUGUAGCUGAUCGACUGGUAUCCUCCUAUCUGAACUCCAAAGAGGCUACCCUCGUCAUCACUCACAUACCCACAUUUACCAAAGAAUACGCAGAGUUCUGGAAGAACCCACAAGCGGCAUCUAUCAAUUGGCUCGCAUAUAUUUUUAGCAUUCUCUGUGCGGGCACAGGGCUGCAACUUUUCUCUACAGCGGGGCGAGUCGAUGGUGACCUCUCCGAAACAUUCGCCGAGUACCACCGAAUCGCAUCACAAUGUCUGACCAUGUCAAACUACACAUCACCUGGACGAUUCAAAAUGGAAGCGGUCAUUUUGAAUGUUGCUAUGGAGAUUCUCAGAAGCACUGACAACCAUGUUGGCCCCUCUGUUCUCCUCGGUUUGGCAUCUCGAUUGGCAAUGCAUAGUGGUUACCACAGAGAUUCAAAACACUAUCGUGAGAUAUCUGUUUUUGACGGUGAAAUGCGCCGGCGUGUUUGGAUGUCCUUACGCCUUCUUGAUCACUACAUCUCCCUUCAAGCCGGCCUCCCACCAUCAACAACACCAGUCCAAACUGACACCGAAGAGCCUCAAAAUCUAGUUGAUGAAGACUUAGAUCCAUCGAUGACAACUCUUCCUCCAUCUAGACCCUUCACAGAGAUAACACCAAUGCUCUUUCCUGUUACGUUGAAUCGGAUGAUGUUCAUGGGCGCAGACAUCAUGAGCAAGGUCUGCUCAGUGAAAGGGGUCCCCUACAAGGAAGUCUUACAGCUGGAUGCUAAAUUAAAAGAGCUCUACGCAAUGAUCCCUCCCCCGCUGAGAUACCGCACAAUGAGUGAAUCAAUUGCAGAUUCGCCGAAUACAAUCAUGGAUCGGUACAAUAUUGAUUUGAUCUAUCAGAAGUGCCGAUGUGAUCUGCACCGCAGAUAUCUGGCCCAACAUCGCAUGGAUCCUGCAUUUGCAUAUUCCCGGAAGGAGUGCUUGGAUGCUGCUAGAGCCGUGCUCCAACACCAGUCCGACAUAUUUGAAUCUAGCUCCGUGUCCUCAUUCUUCUUUUCACCAAUUGUCGCCACACACUUUCGCUCCGCUGCGAUGAUCGUUUCUUUGGAGAUAUCAUGCCAAUCUCGAUAUGAUUUAAAACAGAAUUUGUCACCGAAUGACAGACAGGCAAUUAUCAAUGAGCGGCAUCAGCUUUCACAGGAGAUUGAGAGGGCCUUUAAUAUUUGGAGCCAACUGCGUCAACAAUCCAAGGAAGCCUCCAAGAUGGCCCAGGCGUUGAGUAUCAUGCUCAAAGUUACAAACACCCACCUACAGCAUGGAGAUACACCAGAGCAAGUAAACUUACUCGGUUCAAACCCGGAAUCCCAAGACGUUCCCCCAAUCCCUCCAGCUCCAGUGAUACCCACGCCGCAGUCCCAAGAGUCUCAGCUAUAUGGCCAGAAUGAAUAUACUCCAUUAGACGUGGAUCUAAUGGACGCUAGUUUCUAUUUAGGUCAAGACGAAGACCCUACUUCACAGCCUCAUAAUGGGUUCUUCGCAGGAUCUUCGGGCAUAGUAGACUUUUAUGACCGAUAUUGGGAUAAUUUAAUGCUGCUCGGGGAUGAGCAGCCCUUCAUCGACAUGCAGCAGGGUGGCAGUAACCAGCCUGGUCCCGAAGGAAGUUCUUUCUAG